CCGGCUUUAGGGGAUGAGUUCCCCCUCGACGGGACCGGGGCCUGAGCAGGUUGUGCUACGACGCCCCGGAGCUCACGGACGCGUCGCCCCUGCAAGCCAAUCCACUAGAUCGAGGGUCCCACCUGCGCCCGGGACCAUGGCCACCGACUCGUGGGCCCUGGCGGUGGAUGAGCAGGAAGCGGCGGCUGAAUCGUUGAGCAACUUGCAUCUUAAGGACGAGAAAAUCAAACCAGAUGCCAAUGGUGCUGUUGUCAGAACUACUGCAAAUACAGAGAACCCAGAUGAAGAAGAGAAAGAGGACAGAGCUGCCCAGUCCUUGCUCAACAAGCUGAUCAGAAGCAACCUUGUGGAUAACACAAACCAAGUGGAAGUCCUGCAGCGGGACCCCAACUCCCCCCUGUACUCAGUGAAGUCCUUUGAGGAGCUCCGGCUGAAGCCACAGCUACUGCAGGGAGUCUAUGCCAUGGGCUUCAACCGUCCAUCCAAGAUCCAGGAGAAUGCUUUGCCUUUGAUGCUUGCUGAACCCCCACAGAAUUUAAUUGCCCAGUCUCAAUCCGGAACUGGUAAAACAGCUGCCUUUGUAUUGGCCAUGCUCAGCCAAGUAGAACCUGCAAACAAAUAUCCACAGUGUCUCUGCCUGUCCCCCACAUAUGAACUUGCACUUCAAACGGGAAAAGUGAUUGAGCAGAUGGGCAGAUUUUACCCUGAGCUGAAGCUAGCCUAUGCUGUUCGUGGCAAUAAAUUGGAAAGAGGGCAGAAGAUCAGUGAGCAGAUUGUGAUUGGCACCCCAGGGACCGUCCUGGACUGGUGCUCCAAACUCAAGUUCAUUGACCCCAAGAAGAUUAAGGUGUUUGUUCUGGACGAGGCUGACGUGAUGAUAGCCACGCAGGGCCACCAGGAUCAGAGCAUCCGCAUCCAGAGGAUGCUGCCCAGGAACUGCCAGAUGCUCCUUUUCUCUGCCACCUUUGAAGACUCGGUGUGGAAGUUUGCCCAGAAGGUGGUCCCGGACCCAAAUGUGAUCAAACUGAAGCGCGAGGAGGAGACACUGGACACCAUCAAGCAGUACUACGUUCUGUGCAGCAACAGAGAUGAGAAGUUCCAGGCCUUGUGCAACCUGUACGGGGCCAUCACCAUCGCUCAGGCCAUGAUCUUCUGCCACACCCGCAAAACAGCCAGCUGGCUGGCAGCAGAGCUCUCAAAAGAAGGCCACCAGGUGGCCCUGCUGAGUGGCGAAAUGGUGGUGGAGCAGAGGGCAGCUGUGAUUGAGCGCUUCCGAGAAGGCAAAGAGAAGGUUCUGGUGACCACCAAUGUGUGUGCCCGUGGUAUCGACGUUGAGCAGGUGUCUGUCGUCAUCAACUUUGAUCUUCCCGUGGACAAGGAUGGGAACCCGGACAACGAGACCUACCUGCACCGGAUUGGGCGCACGGGCCGCUUUGGCAAGAGGGGCCUGGCCGUGAACAUGGUUGAUAGCAAGCACAGCAUGAACAUCCUGAACCGAAUCCAGGAGCAUUUCAAUAAGAAGAUAGAAAGAUUGGACACAGAUGAUUUGGACGAGAUAGAGAAAAUAGCCAACUGAGAAGCUCCACCUGUCCCUGGUGCCCGCCCUUGGCACAGCCCCUGCCUAGGAGACAAGAGCUGUCACACCUGGCCUUGAUAGUCACCAAGAAGACAGCGCGUGAUGAGAGAAACUACCUACCUCACUUUAAAUUACGUUUGGACUUGACAAAUUUUGUGCAAAUGCUGGGGGAUGGUAGAAAAUAUUGUUGACAAAAGUCUGGUGAUUAGGCAUGAAUACACAGAAAUUUACCUUUUGCAAAUU